AUAUAUACACACACACACACACACACACUCCCAUUAUUUCCCUUGUAGCAGUGUAGUUAGGACAUGUUGAUGAAACAGGGACUGCCGUCUCCGUACCGGCUUCAGCUCACCGUGUCCUGUCGGCGCCCCAGCCGACCCCAGCUCCCUGUGUCCUGUUUUGUUUGCGUGUUUGCUUUAGUUAAAUAAUUCUGUGGGGGGUUGUUUUUUUCAUACAAAUGGCCACUACAAUACAUUGUGAAAUUAGCUAUACAUUUUUGGUCUUACUGUUUUUGUACAUGUAAACUAUGGGGGUUGUAUUCUAUGCUUAUCCUGACAAUAAUUCCUAGAUUUAGGGGUUUCUCAUUUUCUCAAUCAUUGACUUUUUUUUUUAUUAUUUGACUUCCAACAUAGUGUGGAAACUAUUGUAUGUAAAUUGCAUUUUACUACAUGUGGCUGGUGUUAAUUGUUUUGAUUUAAAAAAAAAAAUGCAUACCUUUUGAAUUGUCAGUUUUUCUUCACAGAUCUGUCACAUACAAUCUAAAUGCAUUUUGCUUACCACAUUAACCGUGUGUGUGUAUAUAACUUGCUGGUUAAUCACCAAUUAAAAGGAAUGUGUUACUGACAGCUUUUAAGGGUACCUUAAACCUACUCGUAAGUGUUGUUUUGUACUAGUAAAUUUAGUUGGGAUAUGUUUGCCGUUUAUAAAAAGUAUAGUGAAGAUUUCCCUCCUAAUAAAAGAAAACAAACAGAUUUGCAUCCUCUUGCGAUUCCAGUUAGAUGGACUUAACAAAUGCAUCAAUGUCAUAAACCGAACAAUAUAUUCAGCUCAUGUAUAAUCCAGUGUAUUAGUUAAUAGUGCAACAUUUGAGUUUCAUCCUCAACUUUUUAGCAGUCAGAGGUCACAGACUAGGAUCUUGUAUUCAAAAGGUAUAUAUAAACGCACAUGUAUUGUAAUAAACUACUUUUGGGGAAUAUUCUUAUGCAUUCUGAAUAGUUUUAUGUUCCCUAUUGCAGCAUUGCAAACCCUUUGACGAAUACAGUUUGAGGUGAACUGUUCUUAUAUACAGUCUAUGGGCAAACCCUAUAUCCAACAUUUACAAUGUGCAAUAUCAGAAACAAUCCACACGUGCCGUUUCCUCAAUAUGCAAAGUAUUGCCUCUGGUCUGAUAAUGAUGACAAGUUUAAAACAAUUUAUUUUGAAAAAUGUUUACCGGAAGUUAUGUAUUUCCCUUGACUGCCGUGUCACGGGUGAGGUGAUCACUGCAGGCAGAACACCACGCCGAAGGAGCCGUUUGAAACGACAGUCAUGCAGCACUACUCCGUGGCACGCCUUGCAGAGUGUGGUAGAUUGAAAACAUGUUUAAACCUCACUGACACCAGAAUGGAGGUAUCAAGGAGAAGAAUCCUCCAAAAACAUCUGGAGCCUGCCAGACCCCUGCGCCGCUGCGUCCCUUUUGACAUUGAGCCCAAAAUAAAUGCAACGACAUGUGCCCAGGCACUGAUUGAAGAAGAGAAUGAAGAGAGAACUAUUGGCAUAGAGGAGUUCUUCAAGAUUGUCAACCUCCACAAACAGAAAGAAGGCAGAAUAUCUUACACAAGAGAUUUUUUAAUUGGUCUGGCAAAUUGUCCCGAGGCCAGGAAGAAGCCGGAAUACUUGCCAGAUCAUCCCAUUGUCCUCAUGGCGGCAAGAGAUCUCGGGCACCUUCCUUAAAUGAGGUGGAAUGGGGGAAAAGAAGAUGUGUGAGUUUGGUGUUAUAAUGUGAAUACAUUGUGUCUUUAUCAAACCUUUUUGACACUUUACUUUUAGUGAAUGAGAAUUAUGAUUUGAAUUUAAUGCAUAUUACUAUUUGAAGUCUAAUUCACAUUAAAACUAUAGUUAAACAGUACAGUAUAUUAGCCGUGACUCAUUAGUGGUUCUCUGACUAAUUUCUUCCUGUGUGUUUACUAUUGGUGCUGGGUUCAGUUUGGUUUCUCGAUUAAGAUUAACAGUAUUUAUAAACAUUACAGUAUUAAUUAUUUGCCAUUAUUUUCUAUUUUUAGGGCGGUGGAAAAGCUUCACUCACCUAAAAAAAAAUGUUAAGAAAAUAUUGUUUUCAUUGUUUGUUUGCUUAUUGCUUUUCUUGGUGAAUUUUAUUUAACGUGUUACAUUUUGCAUGUUUAUUCUUUAUGUGAUUUCAUAACAGUUUGGGGUUAAGUUUCACUCAUUCAUAAUACUAAACAACAUUGUACUUGCCAAAGUGGAAGUGUUGCAUUUUCUGCUCUGUAAGAUGUUGGCUAGAGUAUUUUCAUUUUGAAAAAAAUAAUUGUUUUAAACAAGACAUUAAUAGCUAUUCUUCAGCUGUGGUAUUAAUGUUUCGUUUAAAGAAACUGGGGUUGGGAGAUUGCCCUUGAA